AUGACAGGCGAAGUCAUGUGUAAUUCAGAACCCAUAAAUCCUGAAAUAACCGUUCCUUUUGAAUGGAUGAAAAGUGGCACGUUAGUGGAGUUUGAAGUCAUCAGAACAUUGUAUUCUAUAAGUGAUUAUUUAAUGAGAAAACAUGAAUGGAUUAAUCAUAAUUGUAAAUCACGAGAUCGUUCAUGGUAUGAAUUGUAUAUGGUUUUAAAUAAAUCAGUGAAACGACUGUUAGCCUAUAAAAAUAAAUCUGAUUACAAUGAAGAUAAGUAAGUUGAAAUGUUUAUGCUGAAAUGUACAAUAUUUGAUCUAUGAUUAAUAACUUUUAUGUGAUUAGUAUUUUGUCUCUCAAAUCAGUAGUAUUGAAUGAAACACUCCCUUGUACUAUUGAUACCAGUUUUUUCUACUCAGAAGCUCCUAUUCGUGAGUUGUUCAAAUAAUGUUAUUCUAAGUUCAGGAAAAUCUGCACAAUUUUGGCUGUUUCUGAAUGUUACUACUUAAACUACGUUAAAGUAGUGUGAUAAAUAGAAAGAAAAUAUUAAAAUUGCUACAGAUCACAAGUCAAGGGUAAAUGAUUAGUAAAAUUUGAGAUAAGGUACACGUUGUCUGUAAGAUGGAAAUUGGGAAUAUACGGUUAUCUUACACAAAAUUCUGUUUUUAUUUUGGACGCUUAGUUGCAUACGCCUGUUACCGUCAAUGAACUAUGCUACUCUCGCUUUGCUGAUCCGCGUCUUCACAUCUGCAUCAGAUCCUCUAUGUUCAUCAUUGAUGCUGCCCAGAUGUGUAAAAUUUUUCAUAACUUUCAAAGCUUCUUCGUCAAGUGUGAUUUCAUUGAUACAUGCUUGCAAGUAUUUUUAACCUGCAUUCAAUCAAGAGCUACCUAGUAAAACAAUAUGUUGCAAAUUUACAGAAAAAACGGAAUAUAGCUAACAGCGAAAUCCAAGAUGAGCGUUUCGUUCUAGCUGGGACUUGUCUAUCUCUGUUAUGGAUUAUGUUCUGCUCACAAUAUUAAAGAAAGCAGUGUAUAUGUUUCUGAUAGAAACAUUUCUUUGCGAAACCAUAUUAUUAUAAAUUCAUUUAGUAUUGUUUGU